AUCACCCCUGCACUCUUCCCCUUGCACAACCAGCUGCAGUGAGGUGGACCCGUGGCCACAGCUGGGUACCUGAGCCCUGCUGGGGUUUGCUCCCAUGCUCCAUGGUGGUAGGAGCAGGAUUGAGGAUCCCUGGAAGGGGUUCAGCCAAGGGGGGCCCCAGCAUGGCCCAUGCUGGGAACAGACUCAGAACAACCCAUUGGGGCUGCAGACAAGAGGCUCUCCAUACCCAUGGCCAAUUUAUCCCCAUCCAUUGUCACACCAGCAGCAUCCUUCAGCUUCAAUAGCUCCCCUCCCUGGUGAUGUAUUUAUAGCCUGAUCCCAUCCCCUCCUGCUGUCUCUUUGCCAGGCUGACCGUGCCACGUGCAGGCUCUUGCAUAAGCAGCCCCCAUCCCUGCCCAUCUGUCCUGGCGUGGGAGCUGCUGGUUCUCACCCUGUUCUUGCCUCCCCGUGAUUCACGGCUCCAUGAUUUCCUGGGGCAGGGAUGCAGCUCCAGGGUCGGUGGCUUUGGAUUCAUUCACAGCUCUUUUCAAAGCCACAGACAGCUGGAUCUGGUCCUGCCGGGCUGUGGCUGAGCAAGGGGUGAGGUUUCUGGCAGGUUGGAUUAUUCACCUCCGUGCAACGCUCAGGAGGAAGCAGAACGAGUCUGGGCUCCAGCGCCAUGGGUGUACCAGGGCAAGGGCCUCCAUCCGUGCUGGUGGGUGCUGCAAACCGGCCGUGCCACGUGGCUGUGGGUGACUCAACCGGCACCUGGGUCGUCCCCAGCUCACCCUGCAGGAAAUGAGUCAGGGUUUCAGGAAGACAAAAAGGUUGAAGUGAUGGGGCAAGAGCCCUUCCUGCACCGGGAGCAGGCGGCACCAGGCAGGACCGGGAUGGGGAUGGAGGGUCACAGGCGAUGCUCAGAGAUGGACACCUUCAGCACCAAGAACCUGGCUCUGCAGGCCCAGAAGAAGCUCUUGAGCAAGAUGGCUACCAAGACCAUAGCCAACGUCUUCAUUGAUGACACCAGCAGCGAGAUCCUGGAUGAGCUCUACCGGGCGACCAAGGAGUACACCCACAACCGCAAAGAGGCACAGAAGAUCAUCAAAAACCUCAUCAAGAUCGUGAUGAAGUUGGGUGUUCUCUACCGCAACGGGCAGUUCAGCGCCGAGGAGCUGCUGGUGAUGGAGCGCUUCCGCAAGAAGGUGCAUACCUUGGCCAUGAUGGCCGUCAGCUUCCACCAGAUAGACUUCACCUUCGACCGCAGGGUCAUGUCGGGUGUGCUCACCGAGUGCCGGGACCUGCUGCACCAGGCUGUCAAUGGCCACCUCACCGCCAAGUCCCACUCCCGCAUCAACCACGUCUUCAAUCACUUUGCGGACUAUGAGUUCCUCUCGGCUCUCUAUGGGCCAUCCGAGCCCUAUCGCACCCACCUGAAGAGGAUCUGCGAAGGGGUUAACAAGAUGCUGGAGGAGGACAACAUAUGAAGCUGGCCAGGGCAGGACGUGCACCUGGUUUGAGCAUCACCAGGCUCCAUGUCCUCUGCUCUGCAGCACAACCCCCUUUGCUCCUUGUUUCUCCACCAAACUGAACCUCUUGACUGUGUCUAACCCUUGCCCAGGGUCUGCAAACCCCUCCCAGGUGACCCUGGGGCUCUGGGCUCCUGCUGUACAGUUUGAUUUCCUUUGGCCACUAAGUGCUCUUAGCCCCGAGCCCUCGGGCUCCUCCCCUCGAUCUCUGGUGUGACUCUUCUGGGGGAAACCCAAACCAAAGGCUCUUGCUGUGUGACACCGCUCGGGGGGGGGCACUUGUUCGGAUGCACACUUGGGGGGGCUGGGGAGCCCCAUGGUUUCCUUUCCCAGCUCCGUGAUGUGCUGGGAGCAAAUCGUGGCCCACACUUGGGCUGCAUAGGGGGGGGUGAAGGUGUUUCUGCACCUUGCAGGCAUCUUCAAAGACAAGGCCUGGGGACUGGAAGGAUCCCACCCCACCUGGCCCUGGGAGCAGGGAGGGAGCUGCUCCUUCCCUGCAUCCCAGGUACAUCCGAGACACAAAUCCCCCCCCAGCCUCCUGUGAUGGUCCCACUGUGGUGGCUCCGGUGCCUUUGGUGGGUGUCCAAAGCUCUCCCAUGGAUUCCAUACAUUUCAUAUGUCCUCGACUGAGUUCUGGCUGUGAUUUUUGAGCCGCCUGUAGCCCUGAUGAGUGACUGAAAUAAACUCAUCUUUAAAUGGAGA